AUGGUUCCCUCAGCCUGUGGAAUGGUUAUGGCUCAUUAUCGGCCACAGUACAUUGAGGCCAUUAGCAAAUGGAUCAAGAGGUUAUCAUGGGCGGCUAUGAUCGUGAUCUCAUGUUUUGCUAUUUAUGCAAACUAUUACAUUUUCUGGUUGAUAACCUGGCCCAUAGUAUUGUGCGGAUGUGCGCUGCCAUGGCUAGGGUAAGC